CUCAUCUUCAUGUUCCACGUUGGGGCGCUCGGAACAGUCUAAAAAUUGCAGAGAGAAAGGGGGAAACAAGAGAGAGACGAAACAGACAAUGACAUUGCAACUGAGCAAUGCCAGCUUUGCAUUCUUCCUUCAAAGAAAAGGUCGUCGCUGCAGCGUGAGAGCGCUGUCGUCCGCCGAGGUUGGCGUUACGAAAGCAGGAACAGAGGCGGAGAAGGUGAAAGUUGGUGGAUCUGAACUUAAGGUGACGAAGCUUGGGAUUGGAGCAUGGUCGUGGGGAGAUACCAGCUACUGGAACAACUUUGAGUGGGAUGAUAGGAAGAUGAAAGCAGCUAAAGCGGCCUUUAAUGCUAGUGUGGAUGAGGGAAUUACCUUUUUCGACACAGCUGAAGUGUAUGGAUCGAGGAUGAGCUUCGGUGCUGAGAGUUCUGAAACUUUGCUUGGAAGAUUUAUAGAAGAACGAAAGAAGGUGGACUCGAUAGAGAUUGAUGUUGCAACUAAAUUUGCUGCAUUACCCUGGCGUCUCGGCCGGGAAAGUGUCGUUGCUGCCCUGAAAGACUCUUUAUCCCGCCUUGGUCUUUCUUCUGUUGGGCUAUAUCAACUUCACUGGCCAGGGUUAUGGGGAAACAAAGGUUAUAUUGACGGACUUGGGGAUGCUGUUGAGAAGGGCCUUGUGAAGGCUGUUGGCGUCUCAAACUACAGUGAGAAAAGACUAAGAGAAGCCUAUGACCAGCUAAAGAAAAGAGGCAUUCCCUUGGCCUCAAACCAGGUGAAUUACAGCCUUCUGUACAGACUUCCGGAGGAGAAUGGAGUGAAGGCUACAUGCGAUGAACUGGGCAUCACAUUGAUUGCCUAUUCGCCAAUAGCUCAAGGAGUUCUCACAGGGAAGUAUACACCUGCAAACCCUCCUACUGGCCCUCGAGGUCGGAUAUACACACCCGAUUUUCUAACCACGAUCCAGCCUCUAUUGGGAAGAAUCAAGGAAAUUGGUCAGCGUUACGAGAAAACCCCCACACAGGUGGUGCUGAACUGGCUAAUAGCUCAGGAUAAUGUUAUACCCAUACCUGGAGCAAAGAAUGGAGAGCAGGCAAAGGAAUUUGCAGGAGCGCUUGGUUGGAGACUUUCAAAUGAAGAGGUUGCUGAGCUAAGAUCGUUGGCAUCUGAAAUAAAACCCGUUAUUGGUUUUCCAGUAGAAAAGCUGUAGUUAUCUCAUUAACUUAUCCAAUAUUUACAUUUAGAAUAAUAUAUACUUCCCCUCCAGAAGGGAGGUGAUAACUCCACAAUGAACUUGAUAGGCGAUUAUUCUUGCCUACCAACAGUACAAAAAAGAAUUUGCAAUAAUCUAAAGUUUCAUUUUUUUUUU